AUGCCAUUGUUUUCAAAUAAAUUUUCCCCUAAGAAGACUCCUACGAGAAAAGUGGGAGUUUUCUUGGCAAACAAAGAUUUUAGUCCGAAACGUAUAGAAAAAGAACUCGGACCCAAUAUUGGUCCUAUACAUUUAAAAUUAGGAGAUCAAGAAACUGUCUUUGAGUCUGGUUCUUGGAUUCCAGAAUCUGGAAAAAUUGGAAGCACAUAUAAAGAAAAUGAGAAAUUAAAAAAAGAAGUAAAGAGAUUAGAGGAUGAAAACAACCUAUUAAAAUUAAAAUUUGAAGUACUUCUCGAUAUGGUUAUUAAUAUCUUUUUUUUUUAAAUAUAUAUUUUAUUAAAUCCAGUAUCUUUUUUUCAAGUAAAAUUCACCAUUGUUCUGUUUUAUUUCACAGUUGACACAAACAACAGCAGAAUAUCAUUCACAGAAGGAAGAAUUAGAUAAACUAAAACAGAAAUUGCCAUAUAACAGAAACAGAGAAUCUUGA